UAAGAUAGUAGCAUAUAUAGCAGUAGCACACUUCUCUGUUCUCCAAAGAAUCUCAAAUAUAAUAAUCUUGCUCUUAUUCUUCUUUGCUUUCUACCAUUUGCAGAAUGGUCAACCAAGAAAAUCUCCUUCUUUACGAAAAAAUAUGGAUUAAACGCACACUUCAAAGAGCAAUAGACCUCUUGAUUCUACUCCUUUUAUUUUCUCUUCUUUGUUACCGUAUUUUCUUCAUCAUCAGCAACAAAACCUUCACAAUUCCAUGGUUUCUUGCAUUCUCAUGUGAAUCUUGGUUCACAUAUACUUGGAUUAUUCUUCUCAACACCAAAUGGAGUCCUGCUGUUACCAAAACAUAUCCAAACCGUCUCCUUCAACGAUUACCUGAGAAUGAGCUUCCAUGUGUGGAUUUGUUUGUGACAACAGCAGAUCCUGUACUUGAACCACCAAUCAUCACAUUGAACACUGUUUUGUCUCUAUUGGCUCUUGAUUAUCCAGCUAAUAAGCUAGCUUGUUAUGUUUCUGAUGAUGGCUGUUCUGUUUUUACCUUCUAUGGUCUUUUGGAAGCUUCUAAAUUUGCCAAGUUUUGGGUACCUUUCUGUAAGAAGUAUAAUAUACAAGUUAGAGCACCUUUUAGAUAUUUCUCUCAAGUUACCAAUAGUGAUGAUGAUUCAGCUGAAUUCAAACAAGAAUGGUUAAAAAUGAAGGAUAUGUAUGACAAUCUUAGCCACAAAAUUGAAGAUGUGACACGAAAUUCAACUUCAUUCCAAUUUGAGGGAGAAUAUGCAGUGUUCCUGAAUACAGAAAAAAGAAAUCAUCCAAGUAUAGUUAAGGUUAUAUUGGAGAACUAUGAUAGUCUUUCUGAUGGAUUGCCUCACUUAAUCUACAUAUCUAGAGAGAAGAGGCCAAAGUAUGAACACAAUUACAAAGCAGGAGCUAUGAAUGUGUUGACAAGAGUUUCAGGAUUGAUGACCAAUGCGCCUUUUAUGUUGAACGUGGACUGUGACAUGGUUGUGAACAAUCCCAAGAUUAUUCAACAUGCUAUGUGCAUUUUGAUGGAUUCUAAAAAUGGAAAAGAUGUUGCUUUUGUUCAAUGUUUCCAACAAUUUUAUGAUGGAAUAAAAGAUGACCCAUUUGGAAAUCAAUGGGUGGCUUCAUUUGAGUACAUAAUAAAGGGCAUGGGAGGACUUCAAGGACCUUUCUAUGGAGGAACAAACACCUUUCAUAGAAGAAAUGCUAUAUAUGGUCUUUAUCCUGAUGAAAUUCAAUAUGGAAGAAAAGGAAAAAUAACAGAAAAGAUGUUAAUACAACAAUUUGGAAGCUCAAAAGAGUUUGUCAAAUCAGUAACACAUGCUUUUGAAGGGAGUGGUAAUUCAAUUGAUGGUAUUAGUCCUUCCAAUCUUCUUGAUAAAGCAAUCCAAGUAUCUGAUUGUGGAUAUGAAUAUGGCACUAGCUGGGGUAAACAGAUGUGCUGGUUAUAUGGAUCAAUAUCAGAAGAUGUACCAACUGGAUUGAAUAUGCAAAGAAAAGGUUGGAGAUCAGAAUGUUGUACACCGGAGCCAACCGCCUUCAUGGGCUGCGCUCCCGGAGGAUUACUUACUACAAUGAUCCAACAAAAGAGAUGGUCUUCAGGCCUCACUGUUGUCUUCUUUAGCAAGCAUUCUCCUGUUAUGUGUACCCUCUUUGGUAAAAUCCAAUUCAGGGCAGGCUUAUCUUAUUGUUGGCUUACCAAUUGGGGUUUGCGUUCGGUCUUUGAAGUUUCUUAUGCAGCCCUAGUUGCAUAUUGCAUAAUCACCAACACCAGUAUCUUUCCUAAGGGGCUUGGCCUAUGGAUUCCUUUAACUCUUUUUGUGAUCUAUACUAUACAUACACUACAAGAGUAUCUGUCAAAAGGAUUAUCAUUAAGAUUUUGGUGGAACAAUCAGAGAAUGAUUACAAUGAGAUCAACAAGUGUAUGGUUUAUUGGAUUUUUGAGUGCCAUGCUUAAGCUCUUAGGGAUAUCUGAUACAAUCUUUGAAGUAACACAAAAGGAAAGUCCAACUUCUGGUGUUAUUGGAGAUGAUGCAAAUGCUGGUAGGUUUACAUUUGAUGAGUCCCCAGCUUUUGUGGUUGGCACAACCAUUUUGCUUGUGCAGUUGACAGCACUUGUUGUUAAGAUUUUGGGGGUGCAAUUAGUAGUUCAUAGUGGGAAUGGAUGUGGACUAGGUGAGUUAAUGUGUAGUGUGUAUCUAGUAGUAUGUUAUUGGCCAUUUUUGAAAGGGUUGUUUGCUAGGGGUAAAUAUGGGAUUCCAUUAUCUACCAUUUUCAAGUCAGCACUUCUUACAUUUAUUUUUGUGCACUUCAGUAGAAUUGCUGUUGUAAGUUGAUAGUAGUAUUAGUCUUGAGAUUUAAUGGAGUUCUAUGUACAGUUUGUUCAAAUUUUUCUCAGAACCUUAUGUACUUUUUAUUUACUAUUACUCAAAA